AUGUCCAGCAAUACGGAGGAACACCAUCACCACCACAACCAUGACCACUUCCACCUCGAAGCCGCCAACCGCGGUCUCCGCCGCACCGGCAGCAGGACCAUGGACUGGGAUAAAAGCCACAAGGAUUAUCCCCGCAACUGGCCAAUCCCCCGCAAAGUCUACGACGACCUCGUCAUCCUCUUCUGGGAGUUCUACACGGCGACCCUCAGCACGACAGGCGCGUCGGCGUCCGAGUCCGCCAUGGCCGAGUUUGGCCUGAGCAGGGUCGUCUCGCUGACGGGGUUCCAGUUCCUGUAUGGUAUCGGCCAGGUCUUGGGGGGCGUGAUCAUGCCCCCGUUCUCCGAGGCGCUGGGGCGACGCCUGUCGUAUCUCAUCUCUGCGGGUGUUUACCUUGUUGGCUGCAUCAUUACCGGGGUUGUCCCCUCGCCUGCGGGUGUCUUUGUCGGGCGCUUUGUGUCUGGGUUCGCGUCGGCAGUGCCGGAGAUCGUCCUGGCGGGGAGUAUUGAGGAUCAGUAUAGCAGUCGGCCGCGGCUGUGGUUUCUGUGGUUGUGGAACUGCUGCACGAUCCUUGGGCUGGCGGUUGGGCCGAUCUACGGCUCGUACAUUGUUGAUGCUGUUGGCUGGCGCUGGGUCUAUCACACAGCGGCCAUCACCUCGGCCGUCGUCUUCGUGCUGCUCCUCUUCAUCAACGAGAGCCGACCGACGACCCUCCUGGCCCGCCGGUUCAACGACCUGAAAGCCAAGGUGGGCGAGGUAGACGUCGACAUCCCUCCCCACGACCGCAUCGGCAACGUCCACGAGCUCAUCCAAACCAUCAUCAUCCGCCCAACCAAACUCGGCGUCACCGAGCCCAUCAUCAUCCUCGUCUCCAUCCUCAGCGCCUCCGCCUGGGGCAUGCUCUACCUCUUCACCGAAUCCUUCACCGUCGUCUACAGCGCCUUCGGCUUCAGCACCCGCGCAACCUCCCUCCCAUUCAUCGCCCUGAUCCCCGGCGUGAUAGCCAGCGGACUCGUCCGACUCUGGGACCACGCCCGCCUGAAUGAACGAGAAAAGAAGAACGAGCGCCCCGUCCCCGAAGACAAAAUCGGCGGCUUCAUCCUCGCCGCCCCAGCACUCGCCGUCGGGCUGUGGAUCUUCGCCUGGACCGUCCCGCCCAUGGUACACGUCCACUGGAUUGGGUCGACGGUUGGUGUAUCCCUAAUAGGCUUCGCGGCGACGGAGUUCUCAUACACACUGAGCGGGUACAUCGCAGAUGCCUACACAAUCUACGCGGGGUCCGCGAUGGCGGCGAUCGCGGUGCUGCGGGGUCUUGCAUCGGGGUGUAUGCCGCUGUUCGCGUACCCGAUGUACUCGGGUCUUGGAUCGAAUGUGGCGAGCAGUAUUAUUGCGGCGGUUGCGACGGUUUAUUGUAUUGCGCCGGUUGUGUUUGUGCGGUGGGGGUUGGUGCUUAGGGAACGGAGUGCGUUUGCCAGGUUUAGUGCGGAGGUUAGUGGGGAGUAG